CCGGGGCAUGCCGGGAGUUGUAGUUCUGCCGCUACGGAGUCCCGCCUGCGGCGGCGGGGCCGGCUCCCGCAGCCGCACUACGACUCCCGGCACCCCGCGCGCCGCGCCGCGAGGAGCCCAGUUGAAGCGGGUGGCGGCGGCGGAGCGCGCCCCUCCCCCCCGCCGAAAAGCCCCAAACCAAAACAAAAACAAACCGCCCCCCCCGUCCCCCUCGCCCGCCGCCCCCGCCGAGCCCCGGACAUGGCGGCGCCGGGAGGGGGCUCCGCCAGUUGUGGGUGCUGAUCCGGCCCCCGCGUCCCCCUGUCCGCCCGUCCCUCCCCGCCCAUGGGCGAGACAUGGACUACGAGUUCAAGUCAAAGCUGGCGGCCGAGCGCGAGCGGGUGGAGGACCUGUUCGAGUACGAGGGAUGCAAGGUGGGCAGAGGCACCUACGGGCACGUCUACAAGGCCCGCCGCAAGGACGGGGGAUUGUGAAGCGAGGAGCACCUGGCUCCCGACGGCCUCUCCCCGGCUGCUCUCCGGAGCGGCCCGGGAAGCUCCCGGGGCUUGUGUUGGUCCCUGGUGUGUACCCAGCUGCAGGUACCCCGCUGGUCCCAGUGCCAGGCACGCUUGGCUUGAUGGCCUCUGGGAUGCUUCUCGCAGCCAGAGCUGGCAGCUUCUGUCCAGGACCUACACACACAAAAGAUGAAAAGGAGUAUGCACUGAAGCAAAUUGAAGGUACAGGGAUAUCCAUGUCGGCCUGUAGAGAGAUUGCACUUUUACGAGAGUUGAAGCACCCAAAUGUGAUUGCAUUGCAGAAGGUUUUCCUUUCUCACAGUGACAGAAAGGUUUGGCUGCUGUUUGAUUAUGCUGAGCAUGAUUUGUGGCAUAUUAUCAAGUUUCACCGUGCCUCAAAAGCAAAUAAAAAGCCCAUGCAGUUGCCAAGAUCUAUGGUUAAAUCCCUCCUCUACCAGAUCCUCGAUGGAAUCCAUUACCUCCAUGCAAACUGGGUGCUUCACAGAGAUCUGAAACCAGCAAACAUUCUGGUAAUGGGUGAAGGUCCUGAAAGAGGAAGAGUCAAAAUAGCCGAUAUGGGUUUUGCAAGAUUGUUUAACUCGCCUUUGAAGCCACUGGCAGACUUGGAUCCGGUUGUGGUGACAUUCUGGUACAGAGCUCCAGAGCUGUUACUUGGGGCCAGGCAUUACACAAAGGCCAUUGAUAUUUGGGCAAUUGGCUGCAUAUUUGCUGAACUGUUGACUUCAGAACCUAUAUUUCACUGUCGCCAGGAGGACAUCAAAACAAGUAAUCCUUUUCAUCACGAUCAGCUAGACCGCAUUUUCAGUGUAAUGGGAUUCCCUGCAGAUAAAGACUGGGAAGACAUAAGGAAGAUGCCAGAAUAUCCAACUCUUCAGAAAGAUUUUAGAAGAACAACAUAUGCCAAUAGUAGCCUCAUAAAAUACAUGGAGAAACACAAAGUCAAGCCUGACAGCAAAGUUUUUCUUUUGCUUCAGAAGCUUCUUACUAUGGACCCUACGAAGAGAAUUACCUCAGAGCAGGCUUUGCAGGACCCCUACUUUCAAGAGGAUCCUCUGCCUACAUCAGAUGUGUUUGCUGGCUGUCAGAUUCCAUAUCCAAAAAGAGAAUUCCUCAAUGAAGAUGAACCUGAAGAGAAAGGGGAUAAGAAUCAGCAGCAGCAGAACCAGCAUCAGCAGCAGACAGCACCUCAGCAGCAGGCGCAGGCGGCGCCGCCGCCGCCGCAGCCGCAGCAGCAGAGCAGCAGCCAGACCAACGGGACGGCGGCGGGCGGCGGCGCGGCAGGGGCGGCGGCGGGCGCGGGGCUGCAGCACAGCCAGGACUCCGGCCUCAACCAGGUGCCUCCCAACAAGAAACCACGCAUUGGGCCUUCAGGCGCUAACUCAGGCGGGCCUGUCAUGCCUUCAGAGUAUCAGCACUCCAGCUCGCGCCUGAGUUACCAAAGCAACAUUCAGGGAUCUUCUCAGUCCCAGAGUACAAUGGGCUAUUCCACGUCAUCUCAGCAGAGCUCUCAGUAUCACCAAUCUCAUCAGUCUCACAGGUACUGAGGGGCCUGACAGGCUGCACUCAGAAAGGAAUGGACUAGAAGCCAGAAGACUCCAGCAAUAUGAAGUUCAUAACGAUGAGAAGACCAAAAAUACAAACUGUGAUGCAGAAUUAAAAUUCAUGAUGACAAAAGGAAAACUUCACUCACUGAAGACUUUCCCCACCCCUGUCCCAUCCCCAUCCCUUUAUUGCCAUAAAGGAGAUUCUUGUGAAGUUUUCCUUCUUCCCUGCCCUUGCAUGUGCUCCAUUGUGGUUACUCUAAUGAACCCUUCUGAUCUGAACCCAGCACUUAACUUCUUUAACCUUUGGAAUUUUGAAGGAUUCCUGGUGCACCUUCCUUAUGCUGUAGUGAUUGCCAUAAAUCUGUCUUUUCAAUCUCUUUGAUGGGAUUUUAAAGUUUUAAAAUCUUGAACUCCCAGGCUUUCAAGCUUGUAUAUAGUUAGUUUUAUACUAGGCAAACCAGUUUAGCUAUACAGGUAUAUUGCACCUUUUUAAAGCACUAUGUUAUUUUCACAGGAUAUUACUGUUUUGCUCAUGGAUGUCAAGAACAGCGAAAUUUUACUGUUCCAGAGUAUUUUACUAUUCUGUUUUUAUUAGUCUAGUUUUCAGGCAAAAUAUUAAAAAUAAAAAAUUUUAAAAAUUGAUAAAAUGAAAAAAGAAAAAAACCCACCCAAGUCUCUGCAGUGACAGAUAUGCUUCAUGCUACUGGACUGAAUACCAAACAGAAGAUUGCUGAUAUUUCUUAACUCAUUCACAUUGAAUUCUUGAAAUCGCAGUGAUCAUGCUCUGACUAGUUUUAAAUUAAACAUUACUUUAAAUGAAACCAGGACAGUCACAUAAAAAGGAGAUGCUUUGAGGAUGUGUUGGAACAGAAGAAUGGAAUGUCUUCCCAGGCUGGACACCAAAAUAGUCAGGAAAAUGUAUUUACUGCCCUCAAGUCUCGGUAGGAAUGUGGAUGAUGGGCUUUUUCUGUUUUUCUGCUAAGUAGCUUAUUAAUGUGUGUGAGAGUUCUAUAAAUUUAGCUUUUUUUCACAUUCCUGAGUCAGUUCUCAAAAUUUAAAGGUGACAGAAAUACUAAGACUUGCAAAAACAAAUGCAUUUAAUCAUUUUAUGUUAGAAUUUAUAAUUAAGAGAAAUUAUUGUGCCGUUUGAAAAGCAUGUUGAAAAUUGUUCCUUUUUCUUGUUUAUAAUGCAUAUUCUGUGUCCCUCACAUUGCUGUGAUUAACCAGAUUAGUUACACCAGAUGCCCUUGAUUGCACUGAAAUAUUUCUUUUUCCCUAGAGCAAACAUGUUUUGAUUGUGCCUAAGGGACUGUAAGUGGAUGGGUAGUUGGCCGAAAAUCCCCAGUAAUUAAGCAAGAGUUCAGAAGCAUAAUCAGAGGAUUAUUGUCCAACUUCUGGAACCACAGUUAUUCAGAGAGACACAACAUGUAAUUUGGGACAGCUUCAUUUUUUCUUCGGCCUUCAGAAAAAAGGCUGACUCCAGUGGCAGAAAACCUAGAGGAAUGCAUUUAGAAAGCUACUGGCAGUGUAACAUCAGUGAGCUUCUACAGCUGGCAUCCAGAGAAGAGGUGAAGUGAGAGUAGUUCAGGUGUAAAAGGAGAGUGGUAACAAGUUUUUAUACUGCAGUGUUCUCUUCUGCCCUGUGCCCACACAAACGGUGUACCUGUACAUUCACACUGCAGUUGUGAUCAGAUGUAGCAAGAUGAGUAGAUCUGUUUGCUCUGAGGAGAAUGCUUUUCGUCACAGCUAGUCACAUACAUAGCUCUACUGGAUUUGAUCUCCCAGUCAUCUUUAGUGCCCCCUUCCUCCUCAAGCUCAUGCUGUUUUCCUACUUUUUGUGAGCAGUUGGUUUGCUUUGGCCAUCCCUACCAUCAUGUGAUUUUGACAACACCCAGCUGCUCUGGAAAAGCAGCUAAAACCUGCUUUUGUCAUCAAAUGGAUAAGAAGGUGGAGAAAAACUAAAUGAAGCAAUUGAAAGGAAAAAAAAAAAUUCUGGGGAAA